CAUUCCUGCAUGGGCGCGCCUACACAACACCUUUGGGCGCGCUUGUUACACUGAGCCUCGCACACGCCGCUCGUCGUCCUGGGAAAGACGUGCCGGCCGAUGCCGAGGCUCCAAAGUCAACUUCGAAAAAGGCCUCGUACUUUGCCGAGGUUCCCGCAAGCGGAAAUCCGAGCUGGCUGAUCAGCUGCGGGUUAAGCGGCUGCUUCUGUGCCUGACGGAGUCUUCGCGUCAUGGACAGAGGAUGUUUGUCGGAGGAAGCGGUGGCGGAUGCCUGUAAGGACGGAGACCCCGCCACCAAGGACUACAUGAUGCAGCAGACCAUGCUGAGGGUCAAAGAUCCCGCUCGCUCCCUUGACUUCUACACACGAAUCCUCGGAAUGACAUUGCUGCAGAAGAUCGACUUCCCGUCGGUACACUUCAGCCUUUAUUUCCUAGGCUUCGAGAACAAGGCCGAUAUUCCUACCGAUAUCCGGGAGAGGACGGCUUGGACGUUUUCCCGCCGAGCUACCUUGGAGCUUACCCAUAACUGGGGCUCAGAGUCGGACGCCAGCUUGACUUACCACAACGGAAACAGCGACCCCAUCGGCUUUGGUCACAUUGGCAUCGCUGUACCAGACGUUGGAAUCGCUUGUCACUUGUUUCAAUCUCUGGGCGUCACCUUCAUCAAGAAGCCACAUUCAGGCAAGAGGAAAGGGCUGGCCUUCAUUCAAGAUCCCGACGGCUACUGGAUCGAGAUCUUCACUCCGGACAAGAUGGCGGCCUUGAUGGCGCCUUGACGCUGAUCCUCGGGCGUGUGCGCACAGAUGCAUUACUGUGUAUAAAUAGUGUACCUAAUGAAGUGUCCAAGAAGCACGUCACAAACAAAACAGCCAAUCAGGAGGUGGGGAUGAGGGGGUCUUUUUUCAGUUUCAUCAGAAAGCUCAAUACUGACAAAUGGAUACUCGUGGAUUAAAAUCACCUUGUUGUAUUUGAAAAAACCUUGGGAGAACUGUCAGACAUUAUUAAAUCAAGGAAUUUGACUGUA